GGUACUUAGGGGUAAUUGAAAAAAAAUGGAGUCGAUGUGGGUUUUUGUUUUGGUUUGGUCCACAACAUUGAUGAAUGUUGUAGUAAGCCGACCUGAACAAGGUGUUUGGAAACAAGAUUAUAAAUUAGGAAAGAAUGAGGCUAAAAUUCAUGCAUUUCCAAGAAGUUUAUAUACUGAUACCAAAGUAAAAGUAGCAAUUCAUUGUAAUGAUCACACAGGAAGUUUGGAUAUAAAGUGGAUAAUCAGGCGAAGUCCUUGUUCUAAUGAAUAUGAAAGUGUAGAGUAUGACAAUGAACUCCAACAGUUUUACAUGAUUACACCAAAUAAAAAAGCAUAUGAAAUGAACUAUAACGUAGUGGAUUUUUUAAAAGGUAUCGCUGUUCUGAGAUGUGAGGAUCACCCAAGCUUAAUAGGAAAUGGUAAACAAUACAUUACAGAACCAAUGAAAUCGAUGGAACCCAAUAGUUCAGCUACAAAAGAUGUUACCCAGGCUCCUGAUGUACCUACACCUCUAAAGUCCACUCCAGUAUUGCCUAAACAAAAUAAAAGGAAAAGAAGAGCAACUGGAACAACAGCGAUGCAAAUGAUUACUACAAACACAUCUGAAAUAGAUUAUCUGGCAAAAGCCUGGGUGGAUGGUUACUAUGUAUUUAUUUUACAGAUGACAUAUAAUGGAUCAGAUACCACAGCUAAAGUAACUGUCUCUUUUGAGAGUAAAUAUGGAUACAUAUCAGCUGUUGAAUGGCCUCUUCUUGUAUUUUUUGGGCUUGUUGGUUUACUGUAUAUAAUCAUAGGAUUAGUUUGGUUAGUUUUGUUAGCUUGUAACUGGAGAGAUCUUUUACGAGUUCAAUUUUGGAUUGGUGGAGUUAUCGUAUUAGGUAUGCUAGAAGCAGCUGUAUUUUUUGGUGAAUAUGAGAAUAUAUCCAAAACAGGAUCUUCAGUUGAUGGAGCUGUUAUUUUAGGAGAAAUAGUUUCUUCAUUCAAAAGAACAUUAGCAAGGAUGCUAGUGAUAAUUGUUAGUUUAGGAUUUGGUAUUGUCAAGCCAAGAUUAGGUCAGACUUUCCAUAAAGUGUUAUGUGUGGGAGGAAUAUUUUUUAUUCUAAGUUCAGUUGAAGGGUGUAUGAGAGCUCUUAAGAAAAAAAGUGCUCCACAGAAAGAUUCAUUAUUAGCUGCAGUACCAUUAGCUGUAGUAGAUGCUGUAAUAUGUUGGUGGAUAUUCUCAGCAUUAGUUCAAACCACAAGAACUCUUCGAUUACGAAGAAAUAUUGUGAAAUUGUCUUUGUAUAGACAUUUUACCAAUACACUUAUAUUUGCUGUGUUAGCAUCUAUAGCUUUUAUGAUUUGGUCUAUAACUCAACAUAAACUGAAAGUAUGUUUAACUGACUGGAAGGAAUUAUGGGUGGAUGAAGCUUUCUGGCAUAUGUUGUUCUUGUUGGUUUUAUUUAUUAUUAUGAUAUUAUGGAGGCCAUCAACAAAUAAUCAAAGGUAUGCAUUCUCACCAUUGUUAGAUGCUGCUGAAGAUGAUGAAGAAGAAAAUGUGAUGCACGAUGCAUUCGAGGGUAUGAAGAUGAGAGGAACUAAAUCACAAGCAAAUGGUUCACCAAAACAAAAAGAUAAUCAGUAUAAAGUUGAGGAUGAUUUAAAGUGGGUAGAGGAGAACAUUCCAUCAUCAGUAGCUGAUAAAGCACUUCCAAGUUUACUGGAUUCAGAUGAAGAAAUCAUGACCGCCAAGUUUGAAAUGUCAAAAAUGGAGUAAAAGUAAUUAUGCUAUAGGAGUCAUGUUUAUAAUUCUGUGAUUUAUUGUCAUAAUAGAUAUUGUAUUAUAAAUACAUCUAAUAAAACAGGGUCUGUAUUUAAAGGAAAUCUUACAGUCUGCGGUCAUCAUUUAUAUUUUUCAAACAAUAAUUAUUUCUGAUAACUACUUAUGGGUUGUUACUCUAGAUCACUUUUUAUACGCCCAAAUUUUGGAUUGUGAAUAUGAUAGAGACUAGAGUUUUUAUCGGAUUGUUUUCAAAUAUGGCGUGAAGCAUCCUGGUCAUGUGAAGGAAUAUUGCGGUUGUGUAUUUGAUGCCGAAGCAGAAUCGGCAAGCUUUCAUUCAGUGUAUUACGAAAAUGCUUAAUUUUGUAGGAAUGUUACUGACAUAAAUUUGAAUGCCGCACGGGAAUUAAAUAUGAAAAAUAGCGAGGUUCAGCUAUUUUUAUUACGUAUGGGAUUUGAAUAUUUUGUUGACAUGUGAUUUUUAAUUGUGGUAUGAAUUGAAUACCGUACGGGAAGUAAAUAUGAAUUUUUAUUACGUACGGGAUUUUAAUAUUUUGUCGACAUGUGAUUUUUAAUUGUGGUAUGAAUUCUUCUUAAUAACAAUAAGAGUUAUGCCCCUUUAUUUUCGGUAAAAUGACCAAAUACUAAAAUUUAACGAUUUUUGACACAUAUAUUCAAGGGAAUCUUACGAGAUGAAACAUACAUUGUUGUGGAAUUUAUAUGAUGUCACCCUUCAGGGAUUUGAUAUUUUCUCAAUAAAUCCAAUGCUGAUAUGCAUUAAGCAGUCGUGAGUCGAAUUGUGUAAUUUGGUUGUAUGUAUUUCAGCAUAGAACCUUUUAUUACAAAUUUUGAUGAAAUGUAUAUUCCUGCAUAUUUACAAAAUAGGCUUCCUGAUAAUUUCUUACAUGUUCUUAUAUUACAGUAAAAUAAUUAUCCAUACCCCCGUAGUUCCAUAUUAUAUUAUUAUUUUUCCGAUGUAGUAUUUACGGCGUAGUAAUCUCUGCAUGUUUUCACGGUAACGUGUACAUAGAUUGCGUAGCCACUACAGUUUAUAAAGGGAUUUAUAUUUUAGGAUUUGCAAGGUCAAAAUAAAAUGGGAGAUUGGUCAAGACUUGUAUCGUUUUCAACAUUUAUUAACUGAUAAUCUAAAUCAUAUUUUAUUAAUUAAUAAUACAACAAACAAAUAAUUUCCCAAAAUAAGAUCGUAUUUUCAACCCUUUAUAAAAAUGGCGGGAAAUUGUCGUGUGAUUAGGCGAACAUUGUCAAAGACGGAAGCUAUAUUAUCGAAUGAUGGGUGCCGAUGAAAUUAUGGAUUUAUAUUGUAAUGAACAAUAACUCAAAGUCUCAAUCAUACUGUAUUUAAUCAUACAACAAAUAGUUAAGUUCUCAAUGGGUGGUGUGUAUUUUAAAUCCACAGGAAGCGUGACCCAAUUAUUCAUUCCUUAAACACUGUGUUUGUGUUUGAUUCCGUAGAAAAAAUAACACCCUGCAUUUCUCAACCGACACGUAUCUACCCCAAGUAUCAUGACAUUCAAGGCAAUUUAAUGGUUAACAUUUUUAUACGGCCACAUUUUCAUGUGGACGUAUAUUGUCGUCGCCCCUGUCCGUCCGUCCACAAUUGUUUGUGGACAGUCUGCAGGUCACAAUUCUUAUCCAAUUUUGACGAAACUUGAAAUAUAGGUUUAUCUCCAAAAGAUCUUGGUAGCUUUCGAUAUUGGCAUGUAUCGGACUGUAACUUCAUGGAUUAUCAUGGAUUAUUCAUGGAUUGUACGAAAAAUCAUGUUUUUAGGUUGUGAACACUGUAGAGGUCACAAUUUUUAUCCGAUUUGGUUUAAACUUGAAAUGUAUGCUUAUAACCCAAAGAUCUCGGUUCCUUUCGAUAUUUUCGUGCAUAUUGGAACGUAACUUCCUGAAUUAUGGCCCCUGAUUGUAUGAAAUUUUUUUAUCCUAUUUAAAAACGUAUUAUUAUAUCACCGUUACACCCUAAAGAUGGCUGAGCUCGAAUUUCGUGAAAAUCGUCCCAAAACUGACAGACAAAAUGGCCGCCCUUCGUUCUCAAAUAACGUAAAAAUAUGGUAUAUCAAGGUUGUGGACCCUAUAGAGGUCACAAUUUUAAUCCUAUUUUGAUGAAACUUGAAAUGUAAGUUUAUAACCCAAAAAUCUUGCUUCCUUUCAAUAUUCGUGCAAAUCGGACUGUAACUUCCUGAAUUAUGGCCCCUGAUUGUACGAAAAAUCAUGUUUUUAGCUUGUGGACCCUAUAGAGGUCAUAACUUUUAUCCGAUUUAAAAAAUAGUAUUAUUAUAUCACCGUUAAACCCUAAGGACAGCUGAGUUCGAAUUUCGUGAAAAUCGUCCCAAAACAGACAGACAAAAUGGCUGCCCUUCGUUCUCAAAUAACGUAAAAAUAUGGUAUUUCAAGGUUGUGGACCCUAUAGAGGUCAAAAUUUUAAUCCUAUUUUGAUGAAACUUGAAAUAUAAGUUUAAAACCCAAAGAUCUCGGUUCCUUUCAAUAUUUGCGCAAAUCGGACCUUAACUUCCUGAAUUAUGGCCCCUGAUUGUACGAAAAAUCACGUUUUUAGCUUGUGGACCCUAUAGAGGUCAUAAUUUUUAUCUGAUUUAAAAAAAGUAUUAUUAUAUCACCGUUAAACUCUAAGGACGGCUGAGUUCGAAUUUCGUGAAAAUCGGCCCAAAACUGACAGACAAAAUGGCCGGCGUAAGUUCUCAAAUAGUGUAAAAAUAUGGUAUAUCAAGGUUGUGGACCCUUAUAGAGGUCACAAUUUUUAUCCAAUUUUGUUGAAACUUGAAAUGUAAGUUUAUAACCCAAAGAUCUUGGUUCCUUUUGAUAUUUGUGCAUAUCGAAUUGUAAUUUCCUGAAUUAUGGCCCUUGAUUGUAGGAAAAAUCACUUUCGUUUAAGCUUGUUCUCUAUCCAUCUCUCAAAAAUGUGGGUGUAUCCUGCUGGUUAUAUGCGUGACGAAUCAAAACCUAUUUCCUCGAUCAAACGAAAACUAAGCAAAAUUGUCCUGGCUCACGUCAUGUGGAUCGCAAAAGAUAUUAGUCAACAGAAUAGAUCUUGAUAGACAUUGUGCCAACCCAAAUGUCAGAAUAUUAUGUCCGACCAAAAAAUUUUAAAUGUCAGGCAGAAUGUUCAUCCAGUCUGACAUGGUGUCAGACACACAUUCGAAAGUUAAUUCCAGCAUUGAUUUUAUGGGAAGCAAUGUGGUAAUGGGAGGAUGAACCCUAUAGAUAUUCAGCGUUCUAGAGUUAUUCCCCCUUUGAUGAAAAAUUUGUGAAUGCGAUACACGCCCACUUUUUCAUGUAUGUAAUACCAAGGUUGUGGACACUCCAGAAGUCACAACUUUGAUCCGAUUUUGAUGAAACUUGAAAUGCAUGUUUAUAACCCAAAGAUCUCAGUUUGCUCGAUAUUAACGCAUAUCAGACCGUAACUUCCUGAAUUAUGGCUCUUGAUUUUACAAAAAAUCAUGUUUUUAGCUUGUGGUCCCUCUAGAGGUCGCAAUUUUAUCCAAUUUAAAAAAGAAAAUACGUUUAAAAAUAUCACCGUUACACCAUAGGGACGUUUUGUGUUUGAAUUUUUUUAAAAUUGAACCGAAACUGCCUGACAAAAUAUGGCUGCUCCCUGUAUGCAAAUAGUGUAAACGUAAAACUAUGUAAUACCAAGGUUGUGGACCCUCUAGAGGACACAAUGUUUAUCAGAUUUUGGUCAAUGUUUAUAUCUGAAAGAUCUCGGUUCCUUUCGGUACUCGCACAUAUCAGGCUGUAACUUCCUGGAUCAUCACCCCCGAUUGUAAGAAAAAUCACGUUUUCAGCUUGUGGAUCCUCCAGAGGUCACAAUUUUUUUUGUUGUCCCCUGCAGGGGACUAUUAAAAUGGAUUUGUCCGCCUGUCUGUCUGUCUGUCCAUCCGUCACACUUUUUGGGACACAAUAACUCUCUUUCUAAUUGAGAUAGAAUGUUCAAACUUGGUGUAGGUGUUUAUUAGGUCAAUGCCUUGAUGGAGUUCGAAGAUAAGCAUUUUCUGCUUAGGGUAAGCAGAGAUAAGCAAUUCGAUUGGUUGAUGCUUUGGGACACUAUAACUUUAGUUCUAAUUAAACAUGCAUUAUGCAAGAGCUAAAUCUGAUUAUUGCAAGUCUUAAUUUAGGCUUCAGAUGUUAUAGAAAUUAUAAAUUAGAUCUUUAUUUAAACAACAAGACCAAAAUCAACUCUGUAGACCCACGGAUGGCUCGGCUACAGCUCGGAUUUAAAUAGGAUUUCACUAAUUGAUUAAAUCAAAUAAGGGGUAACCUGAUGAAAAUACGUCAGUUAGAUCGAGGCUAAAUGAUAGAGUGUACUUAGCGAGGCCGCUGUAAAGCGUUUCCGUAUGCCAUUGAAAACUUUACUUGAUAAUCGAGAUAUGUAGGUGGAGUUAACGCCUGUCAAUCAAACGAUCGGGGAAGGUGAAGACACAUUUCGCUACCAUUUCUAGGCAAAUAUUACAACGAUGAUAACUAUGUUCAGAAUAAAGUAAUUUGACUGAAUUUUUCAAUAUAUUCUUCUUUCAUCAUCUUCUUUUGAACUGUUAUAGCAAGAAUGGCCAACUCUCUAUAAAAAUCUCCCAUAAUGUAUCUUUAAGUGAGAGUGAUGAAACUUGGUGUAUAGUUUCAUUACAUCAAUACCUUGACUAAGUUCGAUAAUGAGCAUUUUUUGCUCGGGGUAAUCAGAGCAAUAAGGAAUUUGAUUGGCCGAGACUUUGGAACACAAUAACUCUCCUUCUAAUUGAGCUAGAAUGUUCAAACUUGGUGUAGGUGUUUAUUAGGCCAAUGCCUUGAUGGAGUUCGAAGAUAAGCAUUUUCUGAUUAGGGUAAGCAGAGAUAAGCAAUUUGAUUGGUUGAUGCUUUGGGACAAGUUAACUUUAGUUCUAAUUAAGUGAAAGUGAUGAAAUUUGGUGAAUAGUUUUAUUACAUCAAUACCUUGACUAAGUUCGAUAAUGAGCAUUUUCUGCUCAGGGUAAGCAGAGCGAUACGCAAUUUGAUUGGUCAAGACUUUGGAACACAAUAACUCUCAUUGGCACAGAUGUUUAUUAGGUGAAUGCCAUGAUCGAGUUCGAAGAUGAGAAUUUUCUGCUUAGGGUAAACAGUAAUGAGCAUUUUGGCUGGUUGAUGAAAGUUGUAAUUAAGUGAGAGUGAGGACACUUGAUGCAUAGUUUUAUCACAUCAAUACCUUGAGUAAGUUCAACAAUGAGCAUUUUCUGUUAAGGGUAAGCAGAGCGAUAAGCAAUUUGAUUGGCCGAGACUUUGGAACUCAAUAACUCUCCUUCUUAUUGAGCUAGAAUGUUCAAACUUGGUGUAGGUGUUCAUUAGAUAUAUGCCUGGAUGGAGUUUGAUGAUAAACAUUGCUUACGGUAAGCAAUCUGAGUGGUUGGUGCUUUGGGGCACGAUAACUCUGGUUAUAAUUACGUGAGAGUGAUGAAACUCUGAGUAUAGAUUCAUUAUAUCAUUACCUGGAAGCAAGGGUCAAUAUGGGCAUGGAAAAUUUAGUCUUCACUGGCUACUAAAUGCUAAAAAUUUACUAGCCAGCACCAAAAUUUUAGUAGCCAGAAAUUACAAUGCUAUUAACUGUAGUCUGUAACGUAAAUCACUACUAGAUAUUACGCGUUGUUUUUUUUUAAUCUUUAUCAUAAUGCUAAAUAUAAAACAAUGCAGAAAAAAGAACACCAGUUUUGAUUUAAAUAAAUUUUAAUUUUAAUAAUAUUAAAAAUUACAAUGACAUUUAUAAUGAAUGAAACACAACAUACUGAACAGUUUAAAGAAAACAAUUAAUGUACAAAAUGAAUAUCAUCAUUAAACUUUGGUUUAGCUGUUAAAAUUCUUUUCUUCAUUCCUAACCAUCUCUUUACAGCGCCGUCUGGAAUAUAAGAGGCUAUUUCCGGACCCUCAGUACUGACAAAUAUUAGGUCUGACAAUCUCUGUACUGAAAGUGAUGACCUGGUGUCAGACUUAAUUCUCUUUUGAGCGGAAAAGCAUCAAGCAUCGCUCACAAUCAGCAGAACUUAUUGGAAGGACCAUGAGGAUUUCAACAAGCAUUAACACGUUUUUGAAGUCUGUAUUGUAUGGUGUUUUAGUUAACAUUUUAGCCCAUACCUCAUUAUAAGACUUAUUUUUAAAUUCAUUACCUACUAGUAAUUUUAAUUGUUUCCACUCAAGUAGAAUGCAGUCUAUUUGACAACCUGCUUUUUCCAAAGAAUCAUGGAACCAGUCAAUUAAAAUUUGGAUUAGAUCAGAACCAAAAUAUGAUAAUUCACUGUCUGAUGUAGUAGGCCAUGAGUCAUGAUUGAACACUGAGAAAGCCUUAACAACCUUAGCAAUGUUGUCAUCUUUGUUUGCCCCCAAUAAGUUUAUAAAUCUCUUAUCUAUUUCUGCUAAAAUUAAAUCAAUAACUGAAGAAAAUUUCUCCAUAAUACAGUUUUCAUAAUUCGCUAUCUUAUCUUGACUUCCAAAUUUAAUAUCAACACCCUGAAAUUUAAGUGUUAUAAUUCUAUUUUCUGAGUUUGUUAAGGUGCUUAACUGUGAAUCAACAGAAUUGAGCCAUUUUUGCAAAUAUCCCCCUGGCAAAGGACUAUUUGAACACUCUUUAAGAGUAAGAGUGCAUUCCUUGAUUAUAUUGAUGGCACUUGGUAAAAUCAUGUCAGGCUUCUGAAAAUUGAGACUAAUUCUAGACAAAUCUCCAAAUACAUCACAAAUAAAAUGUGCAAAUGUAACAAAGUAAAAUUGACACAUUUCUUUACAAACAAAUUUACCCCUUCCCUGCAUCUCUGCUGCUUUACUUGACACACUUAAAUGUUCCAUGUGAGCGUAUAUAAUGGCAAACUGAGAUUCUUGUUUAGAAAUGUCUCCUUUUGAAUCUAAGAAGAUUUUAAGGGCAUGAUCUAUAUGAGGAACCCACCUAGUGCCUUUUACUGGUGCUGGUGAAUAAACUCUACAGUCUAAUUCAUUUCCUAUAACUUUAAGUUCUCUUUUAUUUUUUGGACUGUUUUCCAAAUUAAAUGAAGAACGUCAUUUAAGUUUUGCAUUAAUGUAUUUUUGUUUUUCAUAUCCAAUAAAGACAAUUCCAGCCUGUGUGCCAUGCAAUGAAUAUCGAUUAGAUGACCAACUGAAUCCCUUAAUUUAGCUACAACCCCUGUGCUUUGCCCUAAAUUUACAGAUGCACCAUCUGCACAAAAACCAAUUAAUUUUUCUAAAUAAUUUUCAAUUCCAAACUGAGUGAAAGCUUUAUUUAUGCUCUCUACAAGACCAGAGGCAUGGGCAUGUUCAAUUUCACACAGGGAUAUCAUCCGAUUAAUUGGCUUGCCACCUUCAAUGAACCUUACAUAUACAACCUCAUUUUCUGCCACAGACCUAUCAGUUGCACCAUCAAUCAUGAUGGAUAUAAACUUAGCAGAUUGAAGUUUUUGAAGAGUAGAGAACUUUAAAUCUUGAGAAAUGGUGGAAAUAAAUUCAGCACACUUAACAUCAUUGUCAUAAGUGGCACUUAUAUCCAAACCAUUCUUUUUCUGAAGCAUCAGUAGUAUUGGAAAUUUAGUAAAUGCCAGCUCCUCUUUGGCAAUUACAUAGGCAGUAUUGAAUUUAAUUUUUAAUUCUGAUUCAGCUUUUAGGGACUGUUUGUCUAUCCCAGUUUCAAAAGAUUGGACAAUGGAGUAUUUUAAGGGGGGUUCAGAAGAUCCACAAAUUUUAAACCGGCAUUUUUCAUGUCUUUUACUUUUAUUAUGACUAGCAAUUGAUUCUUUUUUAAAACUUGAUGUACCAGUCAAAAAUUCGGUAUUGCCAGCUAGCUCUGGUCCAGCUUUUCGGCAAUAAUCACAAAACAUUACUUGCCGACUUUCAUCAAACAUGAGCCAUGAAAACUCAUCCUUCCAUGAAGGCAUGAAUUUUCGUUUUCCCUUUCUAGACCCCUGGGUAGGCUGCGUUUCUAUGACUACUCCCUGAUGAUUUCCUAUUGAUGCUACUGUGGAACUUAUGGAACUAACAUUAGAACUCGAAGCACUAGACCUAACGAUGUCAGUAGUGUCAGUAACAACAAGGUCACUUUGACUCGUAGUUGAACUACUGCCACUACCGGCUAGAUUUCCGUCAGAAGACUGUGUCAGAGAGGAAUCUUCCUUUUUUUUAAAGAAAGAGCUUAAAAGAUUUUGUUUUUUAUUCAUUUUAUUAAUAUAUAGGGAAUAACUUUAAUGUAUGGGUUAGAAAAAUGGGUCAACAACAUGCGUAGUCGGACAUUUUGUAUACAUUGCCGUAAGUUAGAAGUUAGAACGAUUUUCGGCACAUGGUAAGAAAAUAUAUGAAUGUCGUAAAUAUUGUCGUUAAAUUGGAGUUAUUUCCCCUAGUAAGUUCCAGUUUUACGAAGCGCUGAAUAAACAAAUUCAGUUUUGUAAAAAAAAACUUUGUAAUUAUUUUAAAACGAGAAAAAAAACUUACAGUCGCCAGCUGGCGACUCAAGUGAAAAUUUUAAUUAGCCGGAAAAUAUAUUUGGUCGCCAUGGCGAGUGUUUUAGUCGCCAUGUAGAGCCUUGCCUGGAAGAUGAGAAUUUUCUGCUUAGGCUAAGGAGCGAUAAGCAAUUUGAUUGGUCAGGACUUUGGAACAUAACAACUUUGCUUUUAAUUGAGGUAGAAUGUUUAAACUUGAUGUAGAUGUUCAUUAGGUGAAUGUCUUGACUGAGUUCAUGCAAUGAUUAACAUUUCGAGCUAAAGCUAAGCAAGUUCAUUGGUCAUUGCUUUGGGACAAGAUAACUUUGAUUCUAUUUAUAGAGAGUGACGAAACUUAGUGUAUAGUUGCUAAUCAGUUUGAUUGCUUGAUACUUUUUAAAAAAAAGAAUCUGCGAUUAAUUAAUAUGUGUCAUCUGUUUAUUCUGAGAUUUCGGCGGGGGACAUCAGCCUCACUGUUGGCUUUUAGCUUCUUCUCUGUACAUCUCUUGCAAAAUGUGGGCGUAUCUUGCAUGGCAACCGAUUGUUGACAGAUUUUUGUAAAAUUUGGAUAUAAGCAUUGCGGUCAUUUGAAGGCAAACUCGAUUGAUAUUAGCGUUCUGCGACUUUUCGUUUCAUAGUUAUCAAUCCCUUUGUUGAAAACCUUGUGAGUGCAAUAGUUGCUAAGAUUUUUGACGGACUGUUUUCAAAUUUUGGUGUGAAUCAUUGUGAUCAAGAGAGGACAAACCCUAUCAAUAUUCCUUGUACCGUGACUUUCCGUUCUGGAAUCACCCCUCAUUUUCCCGUAAACGAUAGAGGCUAUGAUUAUUAAUGGAUUCCUCUCAAAUUUGGUUGGGGGUUGGAUGGCUGAAUGGUUAGCUUGUGCGUGCUGUAUCAUAAGGUCUGUCAUUGAGUCAACUGACGUGGUUUCGAUUCCCUGGUCAUAUGCGACAAUGAGUAGGAUUGCCUACGCGCAAGCAAAUUAUUGAAAUAAAAUUGAAUCAUGUUAGUCCCGAAAUGACCUAGUUUUUGUCGAGUGGACGUUAAACCCCCAUUUCUCUCUCUCUCUUUCAAAUUUGGGGUCAUGAGAAGAUAAACCCUAUCGAUAUUAAGCGUUCUGCUAGUUUCCGUUCUGGAGUCAUCCCCUUUGUGAACACGAUAGAGGGUAUAGUUGUUAACAGAUUUUUCUAAAAUUUGGUGGAAAUCAUUGGGGUCAUGAGAGGAUGAACCCUAUCGAUAUUGAGCAUUCCGCAACUUUCCGUUCCGGAGUUAUGCCCCCUUUUAAUUAGAACCUUGUGAAGACAAGAGAGAGGCUACAUUUUUUAACAAAAUUUGGGGUCAUUAAUUGAUCCCUAUCACUAUUCAUAAUCCGCAGUCUUACGUUCCCAAGUAUCCUCCCUUUGCUGAAAACUGUUUGAACGCAAAAGAGGCUAUAGACUUUAACAGAUUUUUUUUUCUAAUUUGGUUGGAAGCAAUGGGGUCAUAAGAUGAUGAACCCUAGAGAUUAUCACGGAUCCUAGAUCCUUAUCAAAUUUGCACAACAUCCAAGUUUUCCGUUUGGAUAAACUGCAGUUAAGACAAAGCAGCUGUGUGGGUGUAUUGCAUGCUUUGCGUGGCUAUCUUAGUGUGUUGUAAAUGCUACCAUGAUACAAAAAAUGUAAUUUCAAUCUAUUUAAAUAAAAAGAAUAAAUACACAAUAAGCCUAUGAGUAUGACAUAAAUGUUCAUUCUACCGUUACCUUUCGAAGGUAGUAUGAAUAUCUCCAUGUGUUAAAUUUUUUUAGCAAAGACAACUAGGAUAUAAAUAGAGUAGUGUUGCUGGCACAAGAACAUAACUUGCAUUGAAAUUAUGCAACUUGUUAAUAGCUAAGUAGAAAAAUUAAGUAUUUUCACAUAACUUUAAGGAAACCUUUGAAUAUGGGCCCAGAUCUUUAGGAAUACAGAUUAUAAUGAACUGUCUGCCGUAGAUGGAAUAAAAUAAGGUGUAUUUCUGUAUUGUCUCACUUCAGGUUAAAGAAACAUAUGGAAUAUGAUUAAAAAUUAAUCUUACCCAGCAUGUAGAUUUUAAAUCUGAACAAAAAUUAUUGAACUUUAUUCUAAACAGAAAAGUAUCUAUUAAAAGUAAUACUAUGCUUGAUAAAGUUUGGAUGUAAAAUUUGCUUUAGUUUAAUAUUGUAAUAUCAAUUAAUUUUACAUUCGGGUUAGUUAAAUUUUGAUUAUGGUUUUAAUGCAAAUAUUAACAGAUUAUCUUGAAAACUUAAAAAGAAACAUCUAUAUGUAAAUUAGUCAAUUUUAUUUUGGUCUUUAGUAGAAAGUUCUAAAUUAUCGAUAUUGUAAGCCCGCAUUUUCAUGUGAACAUAUUAUGAUAUUAUGCCAUCGCCCCGUCCAUUCACAAUCUGUUUUUGGACACUUGACAGGUCAAAAUUUUUAUCCAAUUUUGACGAAACUUGAAAUAUAGGCCUAGAAAUUUAUGUUUUAUUAAUAUAUAACAUGAUAAUCAUUUAUGUCAACAUAAUGACAUUGCCCCCCAAUUGUAGACAUUGGACCCCCAUAUAUCUCAAAAAAGCGCCCCCUCAAACGCCUGAUCACCACCCAGAUUCGGAAUCUACGCAAAAAACUGGUCUAGAAAAACUUGGUCUCAUAAAUUCACAGCUCGGUUGGCGAUUCCCCCCCUUCAGCCACCGGACAAUCAGAUAAGUAAUUAAAAAUCAUUGGUUUUGAUUUGGUAUAUAAUCAGACAUCCAUUUCUACUGUAAACCUUCAACCUAUAUGUGAUAAACUUCACACUGCAUCUUGUGUAUAUAAAAUUGUCUGUAUCAUUGUACAAUUGAAAUAAAUCUCCAUUUCUUCAUGGUCUUAGCUUGCAUCACCUACAACCAUUGUUACUAUAAAUGUUUCUCAUUCAAUAUUUAUACACAACAUCCAACACUUGCCAGUUUUUUGUGGUUCUCAUUUUUCGUGAAAAAUAAUUAUUGUGUUAGCUGCACAAGAUUGUCGCAGACUUGGACAAUCUUGUGCAGCUAACACAAUAAUUAUUUUUCACUUAAAACCCAAAGCUCUAUAGAUGAGUAAAACUAAAGGACCGGGUUAUGGAUUAUUGAUGUGUCUAUGAUAUAUUGGUUCCUGGAUUAUGGCCCCUGAUUGUACGAUAAUCACAAUUUUAGCUUGUGGACCCUCUAGAGGUCACAAUUUGUAUCUGAUUUAAAAAAAUACUUAAAAUACAUGUUUGUAUCUCAAAGAUUGAGGUUCCUUUCGAUACUUGCGGGUAUCGGACCCUAACUUACUUGAUUAUGAUGCCUGAUUGUACGAAAAAUUACAUAUUUUUUGUUAGCUUGUUUUCUGUUUAUCUCUUGCAAAAUAUGGGCGUAUCUUGCAUGGUAACCGCUUGUUGUUUGUAAGGUUGGAGUUGUGAAUAGAAGUAUAAUAUUACCUAUUUUGCUUUAAUAACAAAAUAUUUUAUUCUGGCGUAACACUAUUUUCAUAGAAAUCAUCACUUUCAUAAUGAAUGUAAAAACUCACAGCUUAAUCAUAGAGCAGUAUUACUGUUAGUAUAGUAACAUUAAUAUUUGGUUUGAUAAUUUCUAUUACUUUAACAUGGGGGAAAUCUUGAUUUUAUAUAAUCAGCUGGUUUUGUCUAACGUUUUGUUUAUUAUUAUAAAUAUUUACAUGCAUAUUGUGAGAAUUAUAUAUGUAAGUAUGUAUCUAUAUUAUAUGUAUGUCAAAUGGGGACUACUUUUCUUUGGCUGCUUUCAUUGUUGAAAAGUAAAUAAAUUUCUUUACAUGUGC